CUAAACAUCGACAUAAUAUGUAAUCUAGGACUUGGAUCUUUUCAUAGAAUUUUAUAAGCCGUGAAUGCGAUCUUAUCGGAGCACGAAAAGAUCGCAAUAAGCUGAAGUGCAAGUGACAAUUUGGAAAUAGCAGAAUUUUCCCUCAUGUGAUGAGCAGCGCAUGUGAGGAUUCGUGUCCUUGGACAUACUAUUUGUCGGAGGCGAUCAAUAAAUGUGUGCUCGAUCUGUUAUCAUUGCUAUCUACAACUUUUGGGCUAACCUUUAAUUCCAACAACGUCGUCAUUUUUGAUGACGAGACAUCAUUGAAGUUCCGCGAAUUCUUUCAUGAAUUGAUAGCAUUGCUGUCGUUCGACGAUUUUCAGUUUCAGUUACUCAAGGUCUUCCUGUUGACAUUAAUAAGCAUCCUGGCAUUGAUAUUCGUUGCUUGGCAUAUUUACGGCUCCAGAAUUACGGAGCAAUUUAUGACAGCAGGAUCUACUGGAGAUUGUAACUCAUCAACUGAGGAAUAUUUUGAAUAAUUGAUUACUGUUGUACAGCAACAAUAAUCUAAUAAGUAUGGCUGA